UGUUUAGCCUUCUAAGGAAAUCAAUGAUGUAAUACGAUCAAAACAUAUACUUUUUUCUGUUUCUUUUAUUUUGAUUGCAGUUAGCAGAAGAGUUCAAAGUCCAGAUGCCAGUUAUCCUAAUAUGUCAAAGCUGAAUCUGGUUGUGUGUGGGUGUGACGAAACAUUAAAAUCCUCCAUAUCAGAGCUGAUCCUGCAGCAGACAGACAGAAGAUCAGGAGUGGACCUUCAUGGUCGUCUGAUCAAUCUGGUGGAGCUUCCAGCUCUGAUUCGUCUCUCAGAGGAGGAAGUGAUGCGUCAGACUCUCCGCUGUGUGUCUCUCUGUCAUCCUGGAGUUCAUGCUUUCCUCUUCAUUAUUCCUGAUUCGCCACUCAGUAAUGAAGACAAAGCAGAAAUGGAGACGAUCCAGAAGAUAUUUGACUCCAGAGAGCAUUUUGUUCUGCUCUUUACCACUAAUCUCUCUGUUGAAGGACUUGCAACAGAUUUAGUCAAAUCCAACACAGAAUGUCAGAGGUUAAUCAGCCAUUGUGGAGGUCAGUACAGACUGAUGGGAUUAAAGGAACCUGUAAACUCCAGACAGAUCCCAGAACUGCUGGAUUAUAUAGAGAACAUGAAGACUGAACCCUAUUCAGUUCAGAUGUAUGUGAGAACUCAAGAGAACAGAGUCAGACAUGAACUGGAGGAACAACACAAGAAAGAAAUGAAGACACUGGAAGAUCAAAUCAAAGAAUUAAAGCAGAAGAUUCAGUCAGACGGAGCUGAAGAUGAUCUGAAGUGUCUGAGGAUUGUGCUGAUCGGGAGGACAGGAAGCGGAAAGAGUGCAACAGGAAACACUAUUCUGGGAAGAGAGGAGUUUGAGAGUGAAUUAAGCACAGAUUCACUGACGACUGUUUGUCAGAAAGGAGUCGGUGAAGUUGAUGGUCGAUCAGUAGCAGUUAUUGAUACUCCAGGACUCUUUGACACGUCAUUGCCAAAUGAUCAAGCAGUGGAAGAAAUAGUAAAAUGUGUUUCACUGUCGUCACCUGGACCUCAUGUGUUUGUCAUUGUGUUGAGUUUGGGACGAUUCACAAAUGAAGUGAAUGAGACUAUGCAACUGAUAACGAAGACCUUUGGUCAUAAAGCUGCUCAAUUCAGCAUCGUUCUGUUCACUCGAGGAGACGAUCUUCAGGAGUCCAUAGAGGAUUAUGUGAAGAGAAGUAAGUCUGCACAACUCCAGAAACUGAUCAGAGAUUGUGGAAACAGGUUCCUGGUUUUCAAUAACAGAGAAAAACAAGACAAAACUCAAGUGAUUCAAUUGUUAAACAUGAUAGAAGAGGUUAAAAAUAAUAAUGAGGGUCGAUACUUCACUAACAGCAUGUUUGAGGAGGCAGAGAUGUCCAUUAAAAAGAGAAUACAGGAAAUAAUAAAAGAGAAAGAAAGAGAAAUUCAGACUCAAAAAGACGACUUACAAGCCAAAUAUGAGACAGAAAUGGAAGAGCUCAAGAAGAGACUCGAAGAAGAGAAAAGAAAAGCAGAUGAGGAGAGAAAACAAAGAGAGAAUGAGUUCAGACAAAAAGAGGAAAAACUGUUAAAAGAGUUUGAAGAAAAAGAAAAAACAGAACAGAAAAAACAAAAGACUGAAAAUCAGAAACGAUCAAGACAGGAAAAACAGCAAAGAGCUGAAUAUGACAGAGAAAUGAAAAAGAUGAAGAGAGAGAUUGAAAAUCAGAGAUUACAGUUUGAAAAACAGCAAAAAGAAAGAGAAGAAGAAGAUAGAAAGAGAGAAGAGAAAUACAGACAAGAGCAAGAAAAGAUGAAACAUGAGAAUGAAUGUGCCAUGGCAGAAUUAAAAAAGAAACAAGAAGAAACUAAAAAGAGAGAUUUGAUGGAAAAAAGAAGGAAUAAAGAAGAAGAGAAAGAAAGACAGAAAUGGGAAAGAAACAUAAAAAAGGCUGAAAAUGAGAGAAAAGAGACUCAAGAGGAAAUUAAACGACAGCAGAGAGAAUGGGAGGAUGAAAAUAAAAGACAGAUGAAAGAACGAGAGAGAAAAGAAGAGUGGGAGAAAAGAAAACAAGAAGAUGAUGAGAAACAAGACGAAGAGAGAAAGAGAUGGAAGAAAAUGAUUGAAGAUCUGAAACAAGAGCAAGAAAAAGAGAAAAAGAAAAGAGAAAAUGAGGAGAAGAAGAUAAAAGAAAGAGAAGAGAAAGAAAAAGAUGAAAUGAAGAAGGAAUAUGAGAAGAAAAUGAGAGACAUGAAGAAGAAACAUGAAGAUGAAGCCAGAAAACAAGCAGAAAAACUGAAUGAUUUGAAAAGUGAAGUGGAAAAAUUAAAAAAGGAGAAGAAAGAAUUAAAAAAUGAGAAUGAAAAAUUAAAAAAGGAAAAUGAAGAAAUACAAAAGAAGAAUAAAGAAAUACAAAGGGAGAAUAAAGAAAUACAAAGGGAGAAUAAAGAAAUACAAAAGGAAAAUGAAGAAUUACAAAAGGAGAAGGAAGAAAUGCAGAAGGAGAAUAAAGAAAUACAAAAGGAGAAUGAAGAAUUACAAAAGGAGAAUGAAGAAUUACAAAAGGAGAAUAAAGAAUUACAAAAGGAGAAUGAAGAAUUACAAAAGGAGAAUGAAGAAUUACAAAAGGAGAAUAAAGAAAUACAAAGGGAGAAUAAAGAAAUACAAAAGGAAAAUGAAGAAUUACAAAAGAAGAAGGAAGAAAUGCAGAAGGAGAAUAAAGAAAUACAAAAGGAGAAUGAAGAAAUACAAAAGGAAAAUGAAGAAUUACAAAAGGAGAAUAAAGAAAUACAAAAGGAAAAUGAAGAAUUACAAAAGGAGAAUGAAGAAAUACAAAAGGAAAAUGAAGAAUUACAAAAGGAGAAGGAAGAAAUACAAAAGGAAAAUGAAGAAUUACAAAAGGAGAAGGAAGAAUUACAAAAGGAGAAGGAAGAAUUACAAAAGGAAAAGGAAGAAAUACAGAAGGAGAAUAAAGAAAUACAAAAGGAGAAUAAAGAAAUACAAAAGGAAAAUGAAGAAUUACAAAAGGAGAAGGAAGAAUUACAAAAGGAAAAGGAAGAAAUACAGAAGGAGAAUAAAGAAAUACAAAAGGAGAAUGAAGAAAUACAAAAGGAAAAUGAAGAAUUACAAAAGGAGAAGGAAGAAUUACAAAAGGAAAAGGAAGAAAUACAGAAGGAGAAUAAAGAAAUACAAAAGGAGAAGGAAGAAUUACAGAAGGAGAAUAAAGAAUUACAAAAGGAGAAUGAAGAAAUACAAAAGGAGAAUGUAGAAUUAAAAAAGGAAAAAGAUGAUUUAAAAAGUAGACGGUGUUCUGUUAUGUGAAUCUUUCUUUUUUUUUCAUGCUUAUAAAGGAGCCAGAAUUAAAGCUGUUGUGUAAAUGAGCUACCAUACAUUUAUUACCAGGCAUAAAUGAAGAAACAACAAGACUUUCAGUUAAAUAUGUGAGAAAACCUUUACUUGUAAUCUCACAUAUCUGCAACCAUUGCACAUUAAUGUGGUGGUCAUCUCUUACAAGCAUUGUGUGCUCACUUUAAGUCAGAAAUAUAGACCC